AUGGCAUCGACCAAGUCUCAAGGCGCCUCUAUUUAUGACUCGGCCCGGACCUCCAUGAAGCGGGCCUUGGACGACGACGCUGAUGCAGCCAACGUCGACGACGUCGCCGCCCUCUUCGACGACCUUGAGGCCCACGAGUACAAGCGCGCCCGCGUCGCGAAGCUCCGCCAUCUCCAUAUGCAAGACACACGCGAUGCCAAGGUCGUCGACGACGUCUCGGACUACUUUAGCAGCCUCCUCGACGACGCGCCCGACGCCGACACGACGCCACAGGUACACGUCUAG